GCCGAACGAAACAACAGCACUUCUCUUCUCUCUUCUCAACUCGAAUCCAAACUUCUCUCGUCAAUCUGCUCCGCCGUACACUGGGUUUGAGAAAUUAGGGUUUCUUGGUUCGGAAAAUGGCGUUGGCUAGGCGCAUGAGAUCCACCAUCCCCGUCCUCAACAGGUUUUUGAGAUCCGAGUCCAUCUGCACUCCGAUACCGCUCUCAAGGACUUAUUCCGCUACAUCAGGGAAAGUAGAAAAAGUCAAGGUGCCUCUUGCUUUGUUUGGAGGGUCUGGAAACUAUGCUUCUGCUCUAUAUCUAGCUGCAGUAAAAGCUAAUUCUUUAGAGAAGGUGGAAGCUGAGCUUGUUAACCUUGUUGAGGCUAUUAAGAAAAGCCCUACAUUUUCUCAGUUCACAAUGGACCUGUCAGUUCCAGCAGAAACUAGAGUUAAGGCUAUCAAUGAAAUUUCUGCUGAAGCUAAAUUUUCAGACGUUGUAAAGAACUUCUUGGUUGUUCUGGCUGAGAACGGGAGGCUGAGAUAUGUAGAUAGCAUAGCAAAGAGGUUUUUGGAGUUGACUAUGGCUCAUAAGGGAGAAGUUAAAGCAGUUGUUACAACUGUUAUUCCCAUUCCACCUCAAGAAGAGAAAGAAUUGAAGGAGACAUUGCAAGAUAUAAUUGGACAAGGCAAGAAUGUUAAGCUCGAGCAGAAGAUUGAUCCCAGCAUACUUGGUGGUCUAGUUGUCGAAUUUGGAGAGAAGGUAUUUGACAUGUCUAUUAAAACCAGGGCACGUCAAAUGGAGAGGUUCUUGCGCCAACCUGUUACCCUUGAUGGCCUCUGAAAAGGUGUUUAACUUCUGGGGCACGAUGUCACCAUCUGCAGCUAUUCGACAUGUUGUCAUCCAUGUUUCUGGACAAAGAUAUUUCUUGUUUUAUUUUCCACCGAUUAUUUUUGUUGCCUUUUUACCUCAACUUGAUAUGAUGGUAUACUACCGUCUAGAUGGAAAUAAGAGUUACGGCUUUUUAUGUGGAUUAUAAUCUUGUAAGAGUUACUUGGUUUGACAGUAUCAUAUUUCUGGGUACUUUCAAAUUGAUCUAAGUUUUACUUCCGAAUAA